AUGCCUGCCUGUCAUGGCUGCCGAGUACGCAAGGUCAAGUGCGAUGAUGGGAACCCUUGUUCGCCGUGUCGCCAGUUUGACGUGCAAUGCAUCAGAUCCACUGCUCCCAGGAAACGUCAGAACCCCAAGCGCGGUCGUCUUGUAGCUCAGGCCAGAGAGGGCACCAUUCAGCAGCAGACGGCUCUCUCACCAAGCGCUUCUGUGUCUCCCUCGGCAGUUCAUUCAACGCCUCAUGCUGGUAAUGAAUGGCCGCCAGGGAGUAGCCCUGGCUCGGCAUCAGGUCCCUUCUCGCCAAACUCCGAGGCCUUCACGGCAGGUUUCUUUCAGUCGCUGCUCCCGGAGUUUGAGAAGGUUGUUUAUCCUUUUAGCCCUUCGGUCACUCCUGAUGAUAUCAUUGCCUCAAUAUCUAUGAUGCAUCAUAACUUCGAGGACGCCGCUUUGGUGUACGCCUAUGCAGCUGUUACCACGUUUCUGUCACAAACGGCAGACAACUCACAUGGCAGUGUAGCGGCACAAAUAAACAACCUGGUGCACCAUAGUCUCGAGGCCCAUAACCGAGCUGGUAUCGGUAACCAUGGUCCCGGGCGUAUAGACGAGGUGCUGCCUCACAGUAUCAAGCGCAUUGUCACAUGCAUCUAUCUGGAGAUCUCGACUAUGGGACUGAGCCGGCUCGAUAGAAGCUUUAGCUUUAUCAGAGAGGCCAUAUCACUAAUUCAAGUUAUGGAGCUCCAACAACGGACAUUACCGGAUCCAACACGGACGCCAUAUCCUAUGGCACAGUUUCAGCAGGUUUACUGGGAGGCAUAUAUCCACGAGAGGUUUCUCACCAUCGCAGAUGGCUACCCCAGCAUCAUGCCUCCUCUUCAUACAAACCUUUCGGCCACGGACACUUCAACGCCAGAGCAUAUACGAGUCGGGUUCAACUGCUUAAUAGAGCUCUUCCUAAUCCUUGACGAAACAUUCCUCGCAUGUUGGCAGUCUCAACGGGGUGCGAUCAGCGGGUUAACAGUGCAGUGGGUUGAGAAUAAGCAAGUCCAACUUGACCAAGCCGAGAUGAACGCUGCAGCAGUUGAGGAGAGGAUGAGCACUGCCGGACAUGUUGGCUUUACAGAACUACAGCGUGCCGAUCUUUUCAUCACCAGACUCUGGUUGCGUACGCUCCUGUGGCAACUGGCACUUUCACAGGGACUCCUCCGCUCAGGAGCCUCAGAUACGACACAUGAAGGUCUAUCGUUGCAAUUUCCAGCAUCACGGUUAUCAAUACAGCUCCGCAGUCUGGUUGAUAGGCUUGAUAGCAUUGUUAGUAUAGCGACACAGGGCAGCGGCAUCAUACAAAAGCUCUUCGAGAUUGCCAGCACGAUCGCCGACGUGCUUGCUCUCCCCGCGGGGCAUAAUCAAGCAGAGGACGGACUUCGGUCUCAUGUGAAGGAUUUCCUUUACGUCGUUAACUUUUUGUUGGAGUUGGGCUUGAUGAGAGAGAACCAAAAGGAAUAUCUACGUGAGAAAUAUCACAUGUUGCAACCGUUGAAUACAGAGGCAGGGAUAGCUGCACAUACUGGAGAGCAGACAGUUGCGUCUUGA